UGUUUCUCCUGCUGCUGUCGGCAUGGCUGCCUUGAGGUCCUUCAAGAGAAUCCCUGGUCCUCUUCAGCUGCUGCUGCUGCUCUUUCUCCCACAAGAUCUGGUCAAGCCAUUCGAGCUCGUGCUUAGAGGUCCCACGGGAAGAAUCACGGCGGGCUCUCCGGCCCCUUUCCAAUGCAUCGCCAAUUACUUCUCCACCAAAGAGAUGAAAGUGGCUUGGAUAAAAGAUGGGAAAGAAAUACAGGCUGCCCAGGAGAGCAACUGCCCUUUUGAAGUGAAGGGGGAAAGUUUUUGCUAUGCGAAAAGCAGCUUGACAAUACCGCUUGGGCAAGGCGACGUGAGGUCACAGCUGACCUGCCAGAUCCAACAAAACUCCUUGGAGGUUCCCUUCCAGCGGACCCUUUCACUUGGUGAGGUCCUAAGAGUUCCUCCCAAAGUCCGUCUGGAGACCAGCCCUCCUUCCCCUGUCCAGCUGAAUGCCCCUGUGAUGGUCACUUGCCUCGCAGAAAGUUUUUAUCCAGACGAUGCAAAAGUGGAAUUAUUUCCCAAGGAUGCCCCUAGCAGAAAAGGAACAGUUGCCCCGAGAAUUUCGAAUCCCGAUGGGACUUUUUCCCUGAAGACCUACCUGGAGAUGGUGGCCACCGAAGACAGGAACUCCUCCAUGUUCCUUUGCAAGGUCCAGCAUAAUUCCCAGCCUUUGGUCAACGAAAGCACCAUCCUCUCCAUUAUCACGCCACUAGAAAGCUCAGAAAAGCAACAAUCCAUCACUGUUCUCUGCAUCUCGUGGUUCCUGAGUAAAGUAGCCUUCUUUCUUUUCGUCUCUUGCUUCUUCGUAAUAAAAAUGAGCAGAUGCAAGAAGCCGAGACCUCGUUCCAGAACAUUCCCUGAAACAUGACAGCCUGGAACCUCAAGUUAGGAAUUCCUGUUCCCAACAGAUUUUCAGGAUGAGAAAGGACCUGAUUAGGGAAUCAGUAAUAAUAUUAUUAAAGUGCUUGUAUAAUGAGCGCUUCACCCUCCCAAAUGUAUAAAGUUAUAAGCCUGUAAAAUCAAUACGGAGAUUGAAAAUAAAUAAAUAACCUUGCUUUGUUUUGCCGUGUCAAAUGAA